GUAGCAGAGUAAGGUUACUGUAAUAACCACACCGUCACCCACACUCUCACAGCUAAAUCCUUUUCAAUUAAAGAAUGAUAAUUUAAUGAUACAAAACAUACACGUAUUUAAGUUAGAAAGAAAUGACUAAACAAAUAAAGAAAUUGCGCCAAUGUUUAUUUGAAAAUCGAGGGAAAGAAAAAUGAAUGCAAACAUAUAGUUUGAUAUAAUUAAUACUGACAUCAAUGAUUUUGCAGUCGAAGAAAUAUAUAAUAAUUCUAUUUCUGACUAUUCUUGUCUUAAAAUAUAUUUCAUUUCUUAUUAUAUUGACAAUAGAAUGUCAUAUAUUUGUUACAAGUACGUAUUUUUCGGACAAAUUUGAAUCAACAAAUAAUUAUAUGUUUAUCUACUUAUGUUGAAGUUAAAUAAAACUUUUCUUUUGUUUUCAAAAAAAAAAACUUUAAAUAAAUAUGAAAUGUUGAUAAAUGUUUGUUAUAAGAUAUAAAAACUCAGUAUUAUUUUAUUGUUGAACUUAAUAAUAAAUUAGAUAUGUAACUCAUAUUAUCAAUGAACGUUUUGGAAAUAAGAAAGAUCAAUAUCUGUGUCAAAUUGAUCGUUGUUUAAUGAUUAUUUAUAAUGUAUUAUCUUAAGUAUUAUAAUAUUAUUGAUCGGUUUUUCUUAAACUACAAUUGAGACAGACAACACAAAAAAGAAUUUUUUCUCAGUAAACAUAUUUGUAUUUCUUCCCAGUUUCUUUAUCUAUUUUUUAAGUCAUGCAGUUCAAAAUAAUUCAAAAAGGACAAGAAAAUAAACGGAAAUGUAAGAAGAAGAAGGAGAGAGGCAAAUAAAUUGAUUAAUAAAAUCAUUUUUUAUUUUUCAUUUUAACUUCUUUUAUAUGAUUAUUGUUGAAUAACGUUCAAGACAAGUCUAUAACGUUGUUCAAUAUGAUAUUAUUUCAUCGUUUCAAAAUAUGCCUAUUAUUCAUCAUUAUUAAGCAAACAUCAGGUAAAUACUUUCGAAAAUUUUUUCUUCCAAAAAAGAGAAAAGUAGGAUUCUUCAAGUUCGAAAUCUAUCACAGUACAAUGAAAAUCAUAGAAAUAUGUAAUAUAAAUGUAUAAAAUAGAUCGGAACUGGAAAUCUUUUGCACAUUUAAUGAAAUAUCAAUUCAUUGAUCUUCAUUAGUAUUGGAACCCUUUAUUUGUUGAGCAAAUAGCAUAAAUAUAUGAGAAGUAAAUCAUAUAUUUUGCAAUAAAAUAUUGAAUUGGCAUUCCAUUCUGUAACACAACAAUCAAAUAAUAAAAUAUUUUAUUGAUAGUUUCAAAACUUACUUAUUAUGAUAUGAGUGUGUUUGUGUGGGUGUAGCGUAAAGAAGAAACAGAGCUUCACUCAUCUGCACUCACAUCCUAUCGAAUAAAUUACAUUUAGAUACACUGUAAAAUCAUUUUAUUUAGGAAAAAAAGAAGCAAAAUUAAUAGAUCAGAGAAAAUCAAUAUAUAUGAAAUGUAGCCAUUGCAUUACGUCAUUUUCUAUUAUCUAACAUAUUUAUUUCUUUUACAUUUCAAUCUCAAAUGAACUUUGUUGAUAAACUUCUAUCCAUCAGUUUUGUUUUUCAAAAACAACAAUAUUAUCAGUAUUUAAUAUAUUUUUUUUUCUUAGUUGUUUUUCGUUUUAUUGAGAACAGGAAUAUUGAAGAUCUUUUUAAAUCUAAAAUUUGUACAUAAAAUUAUGAAAUAUGUGCAUAAUUCUUAGAUCGGUGGACAAAACUUAAGAUUGUUUAUUAUUUAGCUCUUUCUUAUAAUCGUCCAAAAUUCUGUCACAAUGCGUCAUGGAAUCUGAAUGCUACAACUUUCGCAAAUAGCAGUACAGUAGGUAUGAAACCUUACGAUAUUUUUAUUAAUACAAACAACACAGUCUAUGUACCCAAUCGAGAUAAUGGUCAUAUUAUCAUCUGGUCUGAAGGAAGUAUUAAACCAACAAAAAAUAUUUCGAGUAAUUUAUCAAAUCCAUGGAGUCUUUUUGUUACAAUAACAGAUGAUAUUUAUGUCGAUAGUGAUAAUUCAACAGGUCGAGUUGAUAAAUGGACAUUGAAUUCAUCAAUUGGUGUUUCGACAAUGUACACAUGUCAAAAAUGUGCGGAUCUUUUCGUGGAUAUUGAUAACAAUCUUUACUGUUCAAUGUAUAAUCUUCAUCAAAUUAUGAAAAAAUCUUUGAACACCGUUUCGAAUGCAUUAUCGAUUGUUGCUGGUACAGGUAGUGUUGGGAGCACCUCGAAUAUGCUUAAUUCUCCUUGGGGAAUCUAUGUUGAUGUCAAUUUUGAUCUUUAUGUGGCAGAUUAUAACAAUAACCGAAUACAACUCUUUCGAUUAGGACAAUUAAGUGGAAAAACUGUUGCAGGUAACUUAUCUUUAAAUGCGACAAUUACACUGAAUCGCCCAACUGGAGUGGUUCUUGAUGCUGAUAGUUAUCUCUUUAUUGUGGAUAGUUUUAAUCACCGUAUUGUUGGUGAAGGACCAAAUGGUUUUCGAUGUUUAGCUGGAUGCUCUACCUCUGCGGGUUCAGCAUCUAGUAAAUUAUAUUACCCGUAUACUCUUAAUUUUGACAGUUAUGGAAAUAUGUUUGUCACAGAUACUUAUAAUAAUCGAAUUCAAAAGUUUGUUUUAUUCACAAAUUCAUGUGAUGAAAUUUCAACAUCAACUAUAAAUCCUGUGAAUAUAUCAUCAAUUUUAACUACUCAGUCAAAUAAUGUUACAAUAUCGUCUUUAAAUAGAGUUGUUUCAUACAAUCAACCUAAAUUCAAUGCAUAUGCGUCGUGGAGUGUCAAUGCAAGCACUUUCGCUAAUGGUACUGCAGUUGGUGCAUCCCCGUAUGGCAUUUAUGUUAAUACAAACAACACAAUUUUUGUAGCUGAUUUUCGAAAUAGUCGAAUUCAGAUAUGGUUUAAUAAUAGUAUUAAUCCAACACGAACAAUUUCGGGAAAUUUAAUAUACCCAUUUUCUCUGUUCGUGACAAGUGAGGGUGAUAUUUAUAUUGAUAAUGGAGCAUCUAAUGGUCGAAUUGAUAAAUGGACAUUAAAUGCAAAUAUUAGUAUUCCUGCAAUGUAUGUUACUGCGGCAUGUUAUGGUCUCUUUGUUGAUAUUAAUAAUACUCUCUACUGUUCAAUGUCCAGUCGUCAUGAAGUUGUUACAAAAUCAUUGGAUAAUAAUUCGAACAUAACAACAAUUAUUGCUGGUACAGGAUGCAGUGGAUCCACCUCGAAUAUGCUUGAUUAUCCUUAUGGAAUCUAUGUUAAUAUCAAUUUUGAUUUGUAUGUGGCAGAUUAUAAUAAUAACCGAAUUCAACUCUUUCGAUUAGGACAAUUAAAUGGAAUAACUGUUGCAGGUAGUGGAUCUUUAAAUGCAACAAUUACACUCAAUAAUCCAACUGGAGUGGUUCUUGAUGCUGAUAAUUAUCUCUUUAUUGUGGAUAGUUUAAAUAAUCGUAUUGUUGGCGAAGGACCAAAUGGUUUUCGAUGUUUAGUUGGAUGUUCUACUUCAUUUGGUUCAGCAUCUAAUCAAUUAAAUGGUCCAUCUGCACUUAGUUUUGAUAGUUAUGGAAAUAUGUUUGUCGCAGAUACUCUGAAUAGUCGAAUUCAUAGAAAAUUGUUCGACAACUAA